CUCGUUCAUUCUCAUGUGGAUGUAAAUUCUCUUAAAUAAAAAAGAAACUACGUGCAUGUAUGAAUUACGAUACGUAUAUGCAUGUAAGUCGUAAGAAUUUAGAGUUGCAUGUUGAUUCAAAAAUACGUUCAAUACUUGGGCAAAAUUAGUGCAUGUGAUAUUAUCAAUAUUCAGACGGGAAAAAUAAAAUAUGAUUUAACUAUAGAAUGAAAAAAUAAUUGCCACUAUCCCAUAAAAAAAAAAAACAAUUGCCACUAGAUAGUGUAUUCUAGUUCCAAACCUAGUAAAUCCAAGAAAUUUAUAUACGUACAUACAUGACCUAGAAAAUGACUUAUAUUUUGUUCUUAUUAGCAAGACCAUUAAUCAGAAAAUGACAUCUUACAAAAAGACCGCUUUACUUUUCCUUCACUUUGUCAAUCUUUUCAAUUACUUUUUUUUUUCCCCACCUUCCAGCUGCGAUGGGAGAUGGGUUCAUGGCCCGUGACAUCACGAUCAUAAACGACGCCGGUCCAACCAAGCACCAGGCCGUGGCGCUCCGGGUCGGGUCGGACCGGUCCGUCAUCUUCCGGUGCUCCAUCCAGGGCUACCAGGACACACUCUACGCGCUGUCCAAGCGCCAGUUCUACCGCGAGACCAACGUCUACGGCACCAUCGACUUCAUCUUCGGCAACGCCGCGGCCGUGUUCCAGAGCUGCAGCCUGUACUCCCGCAAGGGCGGUUCGUACCCGAACAACUUCGUGACCGCCCAGGGCCGGUCCAGCGAGUACCAGAACACGGGGUUCUCGAUCCACAACUGCCGGGUCGAGGCCGCCCCGGACCUCCCCGCGGGGUCCGGGUCCACGUACCUGGGCCGGCCCUGGAAGGAGUACUCGAGGACCGUGGUCAUGCAGUCCCAGCUGGGGGGACACAUCAACCCGGCCGGGUGGUCCGCCUGGUCCGGUGGGUUCGCGCUCAAGACCCUUUACUACGCGGAGUACCUGAACUCCGGACCAGGGGCUGGGACUUCCGGCCGCGUCGGAUGGCCCGGGUACCACUCUGCCCUGGCACCUGCCGAUGCGGGGAAGUUCACCGUCGGGCAGUUAAUCACGGGGAACUCCUGGCUGCCGUCGACCGGAGUCUCGUUCGACUCCGGUUUGAUUGGUUAAGCAAACAAUGGGACCAUAGUUUAGGGUAUAUUUUCUUUCAUGGAUUGGUUUUUUUUUUUUUUUUACAUUUCUAACCCUGUAUUUUUACUUCCUUGUCUAAAGGGAUUAUUUGAGCAUGAAUAUAUAUGUUCAUAUGUAACUGUACAUAUAUUAUAUAUUUCGUGCUUAUCAUUUACAAACGAUUAGAAGAAUAAUAGCUCGCGGGAACGACAAACCUUUAUGUCAUUCGUCUUCUAUUCUUGUUGUGGAACACCAAAGUCAACAAGGUCUUCUCCAAUACUAAGGGCAUUGAUAAAAUUUAAUAUUCACA